AUGGGUGUAUGUGGAGGAAAAGGAUCUAAAAAUAAAGAUAAUCCAUAAAAGGAGCAAGAUUAAAAAUAAUAAGACACUCAUCCUAAAAGUAUAGAUACUAGAUAGAAUAAUGAUAAAAAAAUGUUUACAUCUUAAAAAACUUAAUUCAAAGUUAAUCCUUCUAUUUUUGUAACAUUAAAGAAAGGAGAUAUUUUAAACUACUAUAGAAUUGAUUAAACAUUAGGAGAAGGUAUUGCAGAGUUUUCAAAUCUUAUCAAGGUUCAUAUGGGAAAGUGAGUUUAGUGACAUAAAAGGUAACUGGAUUACCAAGAGCUAUGAAAUAAAUCAAAAAGGAAAAAAUUGAACAAAGAGAUAACAUGAUUUAAGAAGUUUCCAUCCUAAAAGAAUUAGAUCAUCCUAAUAUUGUUAGUGUUUAUGAAUUAUAUGAAGAUGAAUAAUAUGUUUACAUCAUUACAGAGUAAACAUUGAAAUAUCAUCAGGCAAAAGAUAUCUAAGUGGAGGAGAAUUAUUUGAAAAAAUAAAUGAAAUAGAUCACUUUGAUGAAACUAUUGCAGCAGGCUAUAUGAGAAAAAUCUUGGAAGCUGUUAAUUAUUGUCAUAAUAAAAAUGUAGUACAUCGGUAUUUGUUUUCUAUUUUAUAAUAGUGAUCUUAAACCAGAGAAUAUUAUAUUUGAAUCAAGAAAGACUAAUUCUAGUUUGAAAAUUAUUGAUUUUGGAACAGCCAAAGAAUUAUUAGACAGUACAAAAUUAUCAUAAAGAAUUGGAACUGUAAUUAAUUAAUUAAUAUUUUGAAUAGCCUUAUUAUAUAGCACCUGAAGUGAUUAGUAAAUAAUAUGAUAAAAAAUGCGAUGUUUGGUCUUGUGGAGUUAUUCUAUUCAUUAUGUUAUGUGGAUAUCCUCCAUUUAAUGGAUAAUCUUAAUAAGAAUUAUAUUAAAGAAUUUAAGCAGGAGUAUACUCUUUUGAUGGUAAUAUUCCUAUUAGAAAUAUUAUCAUAGAACCUGAAUGGAAUGAGAUUUCUGGAGAUGCUAAAGAUUUGAUUAAGAAAAUGUUAGUGACUGAUCCAGAAAAAAGAAUUUCAGCUUAAGAUGCAUUAUAACAUGAAUGGAUUAAGAUGACAUAAAAAGAGAAAAAAAUUAAUCAUAAAUCACUUGAGAAUUUAGCUAGAUUUCAUGUAAUUUUUAUAUUUUAUUAAUUAUGAUAUUAGAGUCAAAGUAAAUUAAAAGUAGCAAUUAUGUAACUGAUUACUACUUAAGUUAUGACUAAUUAAGAAAAGAAAAAACUAUAAAAAUAAUUUAAGAAAAUUGAUGUUAAUCAUGAUGGUACAUUAAGUAGAGAAGAAUUACUCUAAUGUUAUCGAGAAAUCUAUAAUGAUGAACUUAAAUGUUAAUAAAUUGUUGAUCAUCUAUUCGAAUAAGCAGAUGUCAAUGGAUCUAAUUAAAUUGACUAUACAGAAUUUGUAAUUGCUUUUGCUAAAAAAGAAUAAAUUAUGGCAUAAAAUAAAUUAGAAAAAGCCUUUAAAUUAUUUGAUAAAGAUGGAAAUGGACAAAUUAGUAAAUAAGAACUUUAAGAUAUUAUGGGUGGAGUAUAAUUAAGUGAUAAUUAAUGGAGUAAUGUAUUUGGAGAACUUGAUUUAAAUGGUGAUGGUGUUGUAACACUAUAAGAAUUUACUGAAAUGCUCAUUAAAGGAGCAAAUGAAUAAGAAUGA